CUAUAAACUAAUAUCUGAGAGUUUAUGUUCCAGUUUGACUGGUAUGGCUGGAUCCCCAACGGUCCUUCCAUGAUCCGCAAGCCUCCUCCCCAACAGAAGGGCCAGGUGGAUAUGAAGUAUAUCAUGGAGAGCCUGCCUGACCGUGAAAGUUCCAGCAAGGCUUUAGGAACAGUUUGGGCCCUCAGUCAGACCGAGAAAAAUGAGCUGUUCUUAGGCAUGUAUCCAGAUAUGUACUUCACAGAGCAACCAGCAAAGGAAGCCAUAAAGACUUUCCGCCACAAACUAGAUGAGGUGACCAACAUCACCAAGAGCCGGAAUGAGACAUUAACAUUGGAUUAUUGCUAUUUGUCCCCAGACAAAAUCCCUAACAGUGUUGCAAUUUGAGAAAUUAUUUGCAGAAACUUUUUGCCAGGUGUAACCGUAAUGUUUACAGCCAAUGCAUGCUGGACAUAGAAAGAGAGAAGAAAAGCUCUAGUCAAAAUAUAAUGAAUUGUAAAACACACUUUUUAGAAAUGAUGUUUGAUUACUGGGAAUUAAGGGAUAUUACAUUGUAAAGCCUAAAUCAGUGCACGUAUGUUAUCUUAUCUGUCUGACUCAUGCCAGGAAAGCAGAACUUCACAGAACUACUUAAUUUGGCUUUGCUUUCAAAGAGCACACAUAGGCUUGUGUUAUAAUCUAUUACUUUCUUUACGUUAAUUUUGAUUAUUCAUAUAAACGUGUGCAUCCAAAUUAUGGUUUUCUUUUAUUCAUCUUUUGAUUCAUUAAUUUAUUAAUAUUCUUGAUUACUCAUGACAUAUUGUUUGUGGUGUAUUUUAGAUAAUCAUUUGACAAAUUUGUACCUUAUUGAUAUCUAACAUCUGCAUGGCUUUUGUGCUGUUUAUCUUGUUUUGCUGUUUGGAGGGAAUUAUGUUCCAGGAUAUUUUUUUUGGGUAUGAGGGAGGUUUUCUCUGAUAGAGCUUAGCUGGUAAAGGAUCGCUCUAAUGAAAGUGAAAUAA